GAUACAAUCGACAGCAGAGGCUAAAUGAAUAUAAUAGCCUAUAGCUAAUUUCAGAUGGAUCUCGUGGAAACAACUCACAGUCUACUUGAGAAUAUGGGAGGGCUUUUUCCUCGUGAAUGUUUAAAAGAAAAUGUUAAAAUAAGCUUCCCGACAUCUGCACUGCAAUCAAACGACUCCAAUCAGGUGAACUAGCAACACAUCAAGACUAGUCUUUCCAUCAUAUUAGAUUGAAUACUAGGAUACUUGCUAGAACCCAGAAUGAUGAAGGAGAGCGGGUAUAUAAUGUUUUCUAUGUUAUAUAUGUUUCUUUGCAGAACAUUGGGGUAGCAAAGGCAGGGUAUAAAAUCAUGGAGCACAUUGACUACCUGUUUGCUAACGACAGUCAUCCAGAAUCCUGGAACCAGAAGAAAGUGGAGGAUUUCCAGAACAUAGUUUAUCGUUUAUGUAUUAUGGGGAGAAAGCACGAGCGACCCGUGGAUGAUCUUCCCACAACAGGAGAUGCUCUGAAAACCUACUUUGAUAAACUGGCCUCUCUCCUCAGAAACAAGGACUACAGUGUGUGCGCGUGGGAGGUGGUUCGAAAGGAGCUCCUGCUUGUUCUUAAACUCACGCUUAACCUGACGUCAUUCUGUAAAUUAUUCUGAGUAGUUGGUCGUAGAUUUAUUUAUUUAUUUAUUAAAUGUAUUUGAUUAUUUAUUUAUUUAUUUGAUUAUUUAUGUACCUAUUUAUUUAUUUAUUUAUCUGAUUGAUUAAUUUGUGUAACUUUGUUUUUGUAAUUUACAUAUGUAUUUUUAUGAAAUAAACUAUAUAUUUUGUGUGAGACAAAAGACUUUCUUUUGUGGAACAUAAAAGAAGACAUUUUGA